AUGUCCGCUCCAAACGCAGAUGAGCCUCCCUCGAGGCUCAAUAGCACCCCCAACCAUGACCACAUCAUCGAUCCGCUACGGACAAACACCCACCGGAACAGCCUGUCGCUCUAUCGCACCGAAACCCGCGAGACUCUCCAGGAAGCCGGCAUCAGUCCCGUCGCGCCGCCGCUGGGCGUCCGAUACCCAGAGGUCGGCCGUCCCGCCGACCCCAUCUUCCCCGAGGAGUUCAACAUCGAAACCCAGACCGGUCUCGUGCCGGCGCGCACGCUGGAACAGAUCCGGUCGACGACCAGUGCGGGCCGGCCGCUCACCCCGGCGGACGUGGAGAAGGGAGGCGAGCCCGUGGAAUUCGUCACGUUUACCAUCGAUGACCCCGCGAACCCCUACAACUGGUCCCGGCUGUACCGCUGGUACGUCACCAUGGUUGCCUCGAUGCUGGUCGUGUGCAUCGCCUAUGGUUCGUCGAUCGUCACCGGUGGACUGGGCCUGAUCGAGGAGAAGUAUGGGGUCUCGCUGGAGGUGGCCACGCUGACCUGUUCCAUCAUGGUCUGUGGGUUUGCCGUGGGCCCCUUGCUCUGGAGUCCGCUGUCGGAAAUCAUCGGCCGUCAGCCGGUGUACAUCAUCUCGCUGGCGCUGUAUACCAUCUUCCAGAUCCCCUGUGCGCUGUCGCCGAACAUCGGUGGCCUGCUGGUGUGUCGGUUCCUCAGCGGCGUCUUUGCCAGCUCCGGCCUGUCGCUCGCCGGGGGUACGAUUGCCGAUAUCUGGAACCUGGAGGACCGCGGCAUGGCCAUUGCCUACUUCGCCGCGGCGCCGUACUGUGGCCCCGUCGUGGGCCCCAUCGUCUGCGGCUGGAUCAACAUCGGCUCGCACCGGCUCGACCUCUUCUUCUGGACCAACAUGGCCUUUUCCGGGGUCAUGAUGAUCCUCAUGGGGAUGGUGCCCGAGACGUACGCGCCGGUGAUCCUCAAGCGCCGGGCCAAGAAGCUCCGCAAGGAGACCGGCAACCCCAACAUCAUCACGGAGCAGGAGCGGGUCAAGCUCAGCUUCAUGGAGAUCGUGCGCACCAGCCUCAUCCGCCCCGUCACCAUGAUCCUCACCGAGCCCGUGCUCGACCUCAUGUGCAUGUACAUCGUGCUCAUCUACGCCAUGCUGUACGCCUUCUUCUUCGCCUUCCCCGUCAUCUUCGGCGAGCUGUACGGCUACAACGACGGCCAGAUCGGCCUCAUGUUCAUCCCCAUCCUCAUCGGCGCCGGCUUCUCGCUGCUCACCACCCCGCUCGUCGAGAAGCAGUUCCGCCGCAUCUGCCACAAGCGCGAUCCCACCCCGGAAGACCGCCUCAUCGGCGCCCUCAUCGGCGCCCCCUUCAUCCCCAUCGCCCUCUUCAUCCUCGGCGCCACCUCCUACAAGCAUAUCAUCUGGGUCGGCCCCGCCUCCUCCGGCAUCGCCUUCGGCUACGGCAUGGUGCUGUGCUACUACGCCGUCAACAACUACAUCAUCGACUCGUACCAGAAGUACGCCGCCUCCGCGCUCGCCGCCAAGGUCUUCCUGCGGUCCGGCGGCGGCGCCGCCUUCCCGCUCUUCACCACGCAGAUGUACCACCGGCUGGGCCUGCAGUGGGCCUCGUGGCUGCUGGCGUUCCUGGGCGUGGGCAUGGUCUUCAUCCCGUUUGGCUUCUACAUCUACGGGGCGAAGAUCCGCGCGCGCUUCACCAAGGCUUAA